CACGGCCACCUGGACGACGCGCACCGCCGACAAUCGCGAGAUUCAACUGUUUUUCGAGUUAGUAGCGCGUUGAUUCGCGAUUGGCUAUGGCAUGACACUUUCGCGAUUGUCAGUUGUUUUCGGGGUGCCUCUUUCGACGGAGAAAACAAAAGUGUUCGCAAGACAUCACGCGAGACGUUUGUUUUUCGUUGAGUUUUAUUCGCGGGAAGCAACAGGCGAUACAACGCCGUUGGACGCGAUCGAUUGAUUUUGAACUGUUUUACGCUGUUUCGCAGGAAGCAGCGUUCGUUUUCAACUGUUUUCGAGUGGUUUUAUUCGCAAAAAGCAAGAGGUGGCAGAGUUCGUUUUCAAUUGUUUUUGAGUAAAUUCUAGACAUCUAACAAGACUUCUGAUUCCGAAUUAUCACAUAAGAAUAUCAUGGAGCGUCCCACCUUUAUUUUUUGUGAGGUGUUAUUUUUGACUACUCCUAACGAUAAACAAUAGUUAUCAGAGAGAGCAGAAGCUUUUCUAUUUUGAUUAUCGCUUUCUUCCACAAAUGAGGUUCCUGCCUUGCUGCAAUAAGUAUUUUGCGUCGACAAAACAGUUGGCAUCAAUGACCUUUCCUCAAUUAAAAUCUCGGUUCGGAAGAACCUUGAUGCGAAAAUGUAACCAAAACCCAUCGUGAAGCACCAUGAGCAGCAAAAAGCCUAAAGAACAAACGUACCAGACACACCAGUCUCGAGAUGCCUGACGUGGAAGCGGUCACCAAGAAGAAGCAUAGCGACAUGCUUCAACGCGCUAGGCACAAACUGCUCAACUUGAGCGACGCUUUGAAACAUCGAAAUCUUGAAGUCUCCGAAGCUCAUAAGAAAGGAAUGGCAAAAUCCAUGACUCAAGUGACGUUAGACUAUUUCUUCAAGCACGGCGGACAGAGCAAGAACCAUAUCUACGCUAAUACUUCGAGAGUGGACGAGCCGAAGAAGAAGCAAGGUCUCCACAAACAGCAUUCCGUGGGUUCGUACCCGAUCAAAAUCGAAAUCACCGACGAGGACGACCUCCCGGUGGACGCCGUCUCCGAAGGGGCGCACGCCCCCGCGUGCGAGGACAUCCCCAGAUGUGCAGAAGCCUUGGCUUUGGAGAAACCCAGGAAGAAACUGUCGUUUCGGGUACCUGAGAUCAUCGGAAAGGGAAGGUGUCACCAAAAAGUGAACGGCGGGUGUGAACUUAGUGAAUUGAGGUUGAGAGACGCUAGUGAUCCGUGCGCGUUGAGGAGGGCCAGUAGCUUUGAGGAUUAUGAUUUGGAGGUAGGAUGUGUGAGGAUGUGUUGACAUUCAUUAGUUGUUUUCGAUGUUCAAGCUUUAAAUCACACUGAUCAGAGAAAUACACACAGUUGCCCCGAGGCAGAGUAACAAUACAC